CCAAAUCACCCCCAACCCCCUCACUCACUCCCCCUGCCCCCUAUAGCCAUUCCCCUGUCCCCUAAAACUGGCUGGGCCGAUGGGUCUGAGCCGGGGGAUGUUUCUGAGGGUGGAGGCGGGAUACCGGGCUAGAUGGGCCCAUGGGUCUGACCCAGGGCUGCUGGUCAAAUCCUUCUCUCUCGGACUGGCUCUGGGCUUUCCUAGCUCUGUUCCCCCAAAGCCUGGGCCCCCCUGGGACAGUUCAGAGCCUGGCUCUCGCCAAGGCCAGCACCUCGCUGCAAGGCUCUGGGGGACUUUUCUUCGUCGCCGGUGUGAGGAGACGGCGGAGUGGGGAGCUCGGUGUGGGUCGCGCCCGGGCUCUGGGCAGGAGGCCAAUAAAUACCGGAUGAGAGAAAAGGGCUCCCUGAGUGUCUGUCUGUCUCUGUGCCCCACAGCGCCCCACAGGGCCCAGCCAGGACUGUCAAGGGGGAGCGCCCCCUGCUGGGCCCCGCGCCUCGUUCCCUGCAGCACAGCGCCCCCUACUGCCCCAUGGGGGCCAGCCCUGCCUGCCGGGGGAGCGCAGGGAUGGGGUGGCCAAUGGGAGGGCGGCACCGGGCGCGUCACGGUUUCCUUUCGCUUCUCGGUGCGAGAGGAAGUGGGCAGAGCAGACGCGGCCAGGUGCAGCCGGAGCUGAGAGCAGCGCAGACACCGCCAUGGACAAGGAAUACGUCGGGUUCGCCACCCUCCCCAACCAGCUGCAUCGGAAAUCUGUGAAGAAGGGAUUCGACUUUACUCUGAUGGUGGCAGGGGAGUCUGGGCUCGGGAAGUCGACGCUGAUCGACAGCCUGUUCCUGACGGAUCUGUACAAGGAUCGGACCCUGCUGGACGCCCAGGCGCGCGUCCCGCAGACCCUGGCGAUCGAGCGGCACGCUGUGGAGCUGGAGGAAGGCGGCGUCCGGGUGAAACUCACCGUCGUGGACACCCCAGGCUUUGGGGACGCCGUGGACAACGCUGACUGUUGGGGGUCCAUAGUGGACUAUAUUGACCAGCAGUUCGAGCAGUUCUUCCGGGACGAGAGCGGGCUGAACCGGAAGAACAUCACGGACGGGCGGGUGCACUGCUGCCUCUACUUCCUCUCCCCCUUCGGCCAUGGGUUGCGCCCCCUGGACGUGGCGUUCCUGCGGGCCAUGCAGCACAAGGUGAACAUCGUGCCGGUGAUCGGCCGAGCCGACGCGCUGACCCCCCGGGAGGUGGGGGCCAUGAAGGAGAAGAUCCGGCAGGAGCUGGAGGAAAACGCCAUCAGCAUCUACCAGUUCCCUGACUGUGACUCGGAUGAGGACGAGGACUUCAAGGCACAGGACGCAGAGCUGAAGCGCAGCAUCCCGUUCGCCGUUGUUGGCUCCAAUGACAUCGUCCGGGAGACCAAGGAAAAGGCCUUCCGGGGGCGCACGUACCCCUGGGGGGCUGUGGAAGUGGAGAACCCAUCGCACUGCGACUUCCUGAAGCUGCGCACGAUGCUGGUGCGGACCCACAUGCAGGACCUGAAGGAGGUGACCCAGGAGAUCCACUACGAGAACUACCGGGCGCACUGCAUCCAGAGCCUGACCCGCGUGGGCGCCCGCGACCGCGCCAGCCGCAUGAAACUGUCCCGGCAAAGCGCCACCGAGCUCCCACUGCUGCCGCUGGAGACGGAGAAACUGAUCCGGGAGAAGGAUGAAGAGCUGCGCCGGAUGCAGGAAAUGCUGCAGAAGAUGCAGGCCCAGAUGCAGCAGAGCCAGGGGGAGCAGUCGGACGCCCUGUGAGGAUUUUGGGGGCCCCCCAGGGGCAGUGCCCCCCCACCGAGCCAGCGUCUAUUGGCCAGAGCAGCAACAGCAGAAGGGACGGGGGUGAUUCUCUGGGACAGCCUGAGCAGCACUCGCAGCCCCCCAGACCCCUAAAUUCCCUGUUCCCCACAGUCACCCCCGAUUCUCCCCUUUCCCAGCUUUGCCCCAACGCCUCCUUCAAUAAACUCAGCCUGGCUUUGCA